AUGAGAACAUUUCUUAAAUCCUGGAUUCCUCAGUGUUUGUGGAUUCUCAGGUCACCUUCCAGAACAUUCCAUGGAAACAACAGGCUUCUUACAUUUCAGAUUACUUCCCAUUAUGAAUCUGUAAAUCAGGGUAAAAAGGAAGUGCCAGAAUAUUUCAACUUUGCGAGUGAUGUCUUGGAUGAGUGGGCACGACUGGAAAAGGAUGGCAGAAAACCAGCAAAUCCAGCUUUUUGGUGGGUCAGUGAUAAGGGAGAGGAGGUGAAGUGGAGCUUUGAGGAGUUGGGCUCUCUGUCCAAGAAGGCAGCCAAUGUCCUUUCUGAGGCCUGUGGUUUGGGGAGAGGAGACAGAAUUGUGGCAAUUCUGCCUCGUGUUCCUGAGUGGUGGCUCCUGAACGUGGCCUGCAUGCGAACAGGAAUUGUCCUUAUUCCAGGAACAUCCCAACUAACUGCCAAGGACAUCUUAUACCGACUCCAGGCUUCAAAGGCCAAGUGCAUUGUUACCAAUGAUGCCCUGGCACCUGCAGUGGAAUCUGUCCUGUCUGACACCCAGUUCCUGAAAACCAAACUCAUUGUAGGCCAGGGGAGCAGGGAUGGGUGGCUGAACUUCAAAGAACUCCUUGCGGUUGCAUCUGCUGACCAUCAGUGUGUCAAGACAAGAAGUCAAGACCCAAUGCUGAUCUAUUUUACCAGCGGAACUACAGGCUUCCCAAAAAUGGUGCUGCAGUCCCACAGCAGUUAUGGCAUUGGAUUUGCAGUCAGUGGCAGGCAAUGGUUGAAAUUGACUCCUUCAGAUAUAAUGUGGAAUACCUCUGACACUGGCUGGGUAAAAGCAGCUUGGAGCAGUGUUUUUGCACCGUGGAUCUGCGGAUCUUGUGUCUUCAUACACAAUAUGCCACAGUUUAAACCAGAAGUUAUUGCAGAGACUCUCUCAAAAUAUCCCAUCACCACCUUCUGCACGGCUCCCACUGCCUUCCUCAUGCUGGUCAAACAUGAUGUGAGCAGCUACAAGUUCCAGAGUCUGAAGCACUGUGUAACUGGAGGGGAAGCACUCAAUCCUGAAGUGUUGGCGAAGUGGAAAAUCCAGACAGGUGUGGAUAUCCAUGAAGGAUAUGGCCAGACCGAAACAGUGACAAUCUGUGCCAAUAUGGAAGGAAUGAAAAUUAAACCCGGCUCUUUGGGAAAAGCUGUUCCCCCUUAUGAUGUGCAGAUCGUAGAUGAGCAAGGGGCUGUGGUGCCUCAGGGAGAAGAGGGCACCAUUGCUGUCCGGGUGAAGCCCAAACGGCCCUUCUGUCUGUUCUCCGAGUACUUGGAUAAUCCAGAGAAAACUGCUGCCUCUGUGCAAGGAGAUUUUUAUCUCACCGGGGACAGAGGCGUUAUGGACAAAGAGGGAUAUAUCUGGUUUGUUGGAAGAGCUGAUGAUAUCAUUAACUCUGCUGGGUACCGCAUUGGCCCCUUUGAGGUGGAGAGUGCAUUGAUAGAGCACCCAGCAGUGGUGGAGGCGGCUGUGGUCAGCAGUCCCGACCCAGUGCGAGGGGAGGUGGUCAAAGCUUUCGUUGUUUUAGCUCCUGCUUUUGUAUCACAUGAUCCAGAAAAAUUAAUUCAUGAGCUUCAACAACAUGUCAAGAAGGUGACUGCACCAUACAAGUAUCCAAGGAAGGUGGAGUUUGUUCAGGAGCUGCCAAAGACAGCUACUGGGAAAAUCCAGAGAAAGGUUCUAAAGAACAAAGAGUGGGCAAAGGUGUAAAAAGAGCAAGAGUGAUCUGGAAAAUAUGGAGAGAAAUUCUCCAUCAUGUGUACCAGCCAUAACACAAGACAGAGUGGGUUGUCAUGACCCAGAGAAGAACAGGAAUAUCAGGGGAAAAAAACUGUGGAAGAAAAAGGAGAAAACAUUCUUGAGGAUAUGUGGUAUUGGAACCACUUCUGCCAUCAACCUCCAAAUUUUCACAAGGAAGGAAGUGCAAGUGAUUCAAACUGUGGAAUGGGAGAAAGACUCAGGUGCAUACAGAGGUCUAAUUUUUUUUACUACAGUUCGUAUAAAUAUCUUACUUAAAAAACAAAAUGGGUGAAACUACAUGGCUUUGAGAAUUACAAAUAAAUGAGAAAUUAAUAAGAAAAUAUGUUUGUCCUGAGGUGGGUAUCAGCAAAUAAUUAACAUCCAAAACCUACCACUGUAACAUUCUCAAAUUCUUUCAGUGUGGAAGGGAAAAUGCAUCUCUUUUUAAUGCUUCUCUUCAUCAUGAUGAAAUUGUGAUGUACUUAAAUGGUUAAAGUUGAGGCAAAAGAAGACCCAAAAUGCUUUAGGUUAAGGUGCAAAUGACACACAAAUAACAAUGGUGUAAAUGAUUACACGAAAAAAAGUUACUCCACAGAAAGAA